GCUCCCAGGCCCUGCCCCUAGCCAGGUGGCGUCUCCGCCUCCCUCCCUUUGUCUCUUCCCCCAGGAAGAGCUUUGUUAUCUGCUCCGGCUGGGCCUAGGUGUCUGGCCCAUACACAUGUGGGUGAGUCGGUGGGAAUCACAGCCCAGCGUUGGGGAACCCCAGUUACAGAGCAGACAGCCCCCCGCCACGGCACACUCCCCUCCAACAUUAACUCGUUCAUUCAAAUAUUACUCUUGAAAAUGUCAUCGUUAGCAAGUCAGCACGUUCUCAGGGAGAUCCCUGGUCCUGUUCCACUCAGGCCCCAGCUAUGGAGGUAGCAGAAUGCCUGCCCAGCAAACACACUGACAGACACUUGAAAUAAUCCAGCAGAAGGGACCAAUCCUCAGCCGUGGGCAAGAGCUAGUCUGUGUUCUCCCGCACGCCGCUUACCUGGUCAGAACCAAGCUGCUCGCGUGUGGCCGGGGCUGGGUUCCAUUCUGUCGCUGCGCCCCGUUGCUAAGAGCCCUGCCGCGUGUCGCUGCCACCAUUGUUACCUACGCACAUCGCAGGUGCCCAAGCUGUUUGCAGGAAGAGCAGGGGGAGAUUUCAAGGCUGGUGGGAGCUCUUGUGAUUUUCAAGGUCCCUGUAACCAGAGAGGCCGGGCAGUCCAAAGACAGCUACACAUCGCCCGGACUCCAGUGUGGGUCGGGGAGUCUGGAGCCGGGACAGCCCGCUUUGGGGGCUGACGGAACGUUAAGUAUAGCACUUGAAGGCAGAGUGCACUAUCCCCUUUCUCUAGUGAUGAGAAGAUGCACAUUUACCAUAGGAAAACUGUCGGGUUGAGGGGGGAGGGGCCCCCAAAAAAGCUAGCUGAGAGCAGAGCGUUCGAGGAUGCAGGGCAGACCAGCAAAGGCAAGGUGGAAGGUGCUGCAUUAGCACUGCUGCUGCACCUGGAAGAGGGAAAGCAGGGAGACUGUCCACUGCAGGGGGAAGCGAUGAUGGCGGAUUGCCCACUGGAGAGGGACAGAGCCAUCGCUCUGCAGCCAGGAGAGCAGGUGGUGGUGGAAGGAGAAGACUCAGCGAAGGGUUUUGCAUCAUCACCGUUGCCUUUAGGGGGGGAUGUUGGGGUAGACUGUCUGCUGCAGGGCAUUGCAGCUGCCUGCCUGCAGCCAACACAGGGUAGAGGCUCUCUGGAAAGAGAUGAUCUGGUGAAGUGGCUAAUCCUCCAGCUUCUGCAAGGGGAGAGGCGGUGCAAGGAGGCAGAGAAAAGAUGGGAGGAGGCAGAAAUGAAAUUUCAGGAAUUUCUCCGGGAGCUGGAAACGAGAGCUAGCCAGGCCAGACCCGGAGACGCACUCCCCUCUCAGGACCAUGUAGAGCCAUUGCACUCGUGCUGGAUACAUGCUCAGAGGGCGUAUCGGUGGCUGAAAGACCUGUGGCCCCUACGUACAAGUCUGUGUCUCUCACGGCAAGUCCAAGAGACUCAGAGCAGUGCCGCGAGCGAGGCCGGGGACUGCUCAGACGUGUGGCGGCAGAGGUUCAGGGAGUACAGGUUCCAGGAGGCGGAGGGACCCCAGGAGGCUUUCGCUCACUUAUCAGAGCUGUGCCGCAAGUGGAUCCAGCCCAAAAGCAAGAGUGCAGCCCGGAUUGCUGACAUGCUAAUCAGAGAGCAGUUCCUGGCCAUCCUCCCACACGACGUCCAGGCCUGGGUUAGGCAUAGGAGGCCAGACUCCGGAGGGAAGGCUGUGUCCUUGGCAGAGUACUUCCUGGCCAUCAGGGAGCAUGCUCCAUGCACCGCACUUGGAAUGGAGUCUCCCUACACAAAUGGAGCCUAUGGUGCCCCUUACCCCUCGGCUCCUGGGGCUGCUCCACCAUAUGCAAAUCUGCCACAGUCACAUGCUUACUAUUCUUCUGGGCACUCUCGGGCCACCUACCCGGCAGAGCCUGCGAGCAUGUUCCGGCCUCCUUCGCCAGCCGCGCAUUGGAACUACCCUCCAGCAGACUGCCCUGCGGAAGGCCCCUCGCUCAGGAGGCAGGCUCCAGGAUACUCUCCACCGCCGACCCCAGGUAUGCCUGUCCCACACUAUCCAUAUGGAGGAGACAGCAGCCCUGGCCUUCCCCCGCAGGGGCUACCACCACAACCACGAGUCCAGGAUGAGUCGUGGCCUUCCUACGGGAUGCAGCCUCGUUACACGUGGCCUGCUGCUUCAGCACCCCAAGGAGGUCCAUUUGCUUCAGAGCCAUCUCCAUCCUGGCCUGGCAGCGGUGCGCCCUCGCCGCCUCCUCCAGCUCCCGACACACAGGAUCCUUCCUAUGACCAACCGGACCACGGAGCAAAUCACCACCACUACUUUCCAGAAGUCAAUCACCAGCCAGCGGAGACUAUGAAUGAUCACAAGCCAGCUCAAUUCAACACCAAACCAUCCCCUUUGACUUCCAAAGUGCAGUAUAGUGCGCAGCCCCAAAUGUAUGAUAACGUACCUAGGAAACCUUCUGUGAACCAGGAUGCGGGAUUUAAACCCAGUGACCAGCCUUUGCCAGACUCCCUGGGAAGACAGCCCGGGAUUCAAAGGGUUAUGCAAGUUAUGGAGGAAGUGGAGCAGUUGGAGCAAGAGGUGGACGAAUUUGUAGGAAAAAAGACAGACAAAGCAUACCGGCUCCUGGAGGAAAUGCUGACCAAGGAGCUGCUGGAACUGGAUUCUAUAGAGACUCGCGGCCAGGACAGUGUCCGACAGGUUAGGAAGGAGGCUGUUCAUCGAAUCCAGGCCAUCCUGGAAAAACUGGAAAGAAAGGGAUUGUGAAAGAGAGAUGUAACAACUCCAGGCCUGCCGAGGACAUCCCAAAGAGCUCUGGUUUGGCUUCAUUCUCAGUCUGCUUCUAACUCCUGUUGAUCACAAAAAGCAAAAAAUCCUUUUUUUUUUUUUCUUUUUUUUUUUUUUUAACCCAACAACAAAUGAUAAAUUGGCUGUGGCCGAAUGAAGGGGGAUUGAAACAUCAGUCCUGAAAUUUCAGUUUGUUGUUCCAGGCCAAUGAAUGUCCAGAUAAGUCCAGAAUUCUGACCUUGCCAAACAAAGUGCUUUUGCCUCUGUGGGUGUCUGCACACUUUUCAUCAGCAGGAGAGAAAACCGUAUGGAACAGACUUUACUGUACUAAGCCAAAUGUGUGUCUGUGUAGAUGCUAUCUGCUGCCCCCUGGCUUCUUAAACAGCUGGAAAACUUGUCAAGUUGUGUAAGUUACAAAGGCAUUGCAAUGCACAGCAAGUACAAGACUUCAGGCUCUUGGACCAUUAUUCUUGUGUAGUAUUUACAGCUUCAUCACUCUAGUCAUUGAGAUUGGUGUGUAUUUGUUCUGUGUCUUUCUGGUGCACUGUAGUACUGUCUUGAAGUGCUGGUGGAAGAGACCACGUUAGCAGCCAGUCCAUGUGGCAACUUCACACUGUUUUCUUCUAUAUAGUGAAGAGCUAUUCUGUGACGUUUUAUGUCGGGGAGAAGUAAUAAGGAACACAAUUGGGAGCUUUUUGAAUUCUGCCUGUGAAAGGAGAGAUGGCACAGUGUGAUCCUAGAAAUGGUUUUUCAGGGCAAAUCGGGGUAAAAAUCCACUUUUUAAUUGUAAUGUCCUUUCACAUAAUGCAGUUUUGUAUUCCAAUAUAAUCUGCAUAACUGACGGUUCUGUACAAUGCACUGUGGAGGGGAGGUGUAGAAAGCCUGCCCUUACCUGUGGGUUUCCCACAUCUGAAACGAAGUAGUGAUUACUGUGUAUGAUAAGAGAAUAAACUUUGGCAAGUUUUAAAAAUGAG